AUGGUGCCGCCGUCCCUGCCUGCUGCCCCCGCCCGUUCUUCAUCUCUGCCGUUCGCGGGCCUGUCUGGACAGCGUGUGCUCUGUUCACGCUGUGCACGAGCUUGGCAGUCGCCUCGGUACAGGGUCUGUGAUGACUGCCGCCAUAAGGCUCGCAUGAUGCGGCGGCGACGGCGUCCGGUACCUGUAGCUGCUUCUGUGGACCCGGCCGCGCAAGUGCUGCCCGUUCUUCCUUACAUCCGUGGACCGUCUAUUAUUCCAGUGCAACCUCUAUGGUGGACACGCCUUACCCAGGCCGCAGUCCGGCCCUUCUCUCAGGACUGGUCAAAGGACUGCUCCUUCUGCGGUAUUCCCCUUCUUUCUACUGAGGCUGAUGGCUGGUGCUGUCGGCGAGGCCGCAGACGCUUACCUCACCUACCACCAUUCACGCCAGCUGUGCAGUCUCUCCUGCACCGGUAUCAAGGCCGUGUAUCUGCCAUGAGCCGUCGGCUCAAUAACCUGUUUGCCUUUUCCGCCAUCGGCACCACUGGCCAAUUCGUUCGAUUCCAAGGUCAGGCGAACGUGGUCCUAGAAGGCCAUAUCUACCACCGUUUGCUGGAUGUCGCGGAUACGGGUCACAGCAUGCACUGGUUUCUUUAUGACGAGUCCGAACGAGGUCUACGGGCAAGGGAUCAUGACAUCCCUAAUGACAUUCUACAUGGAAUUCGCGAUUUUCUCAGCCUGGUUAAUCCCUAUGUGCGGACCUUGCGGCACGCCGUCAGUCAGGUCCCGGACCAAACAGUCGCCCUCGCUGUUGAGCUCUCUAUCCCGCCUGCGGGUGGUGAGCUCGCUGCAGUUAUCACUACAGAAAAUCUCCGCCGCGUGGCCCCGCGACAGGUCGUCUUUUACAGAAAAGGUGGCCAGCAGCCACGGUUCGUUCCGAUCCUGUCUUGCCAGUACGAGCCGCUGCAAUAUCCACUUCUCUUUCCACAUGGCACGCGAGGUUGGGGCUUUCUCGACGAGUCCCGGAAAAACAUACCCUGCACGCAGAUCCAAUGGUACCGCCACCUGUUCCUGGGCAAGCCACGCAUGCGGAUCUAUGGCCGUUUGGCGUGUGAAUAUGCUGUGGACAUGGUCUCGCGGACGGAGGAGGAGCGCUUGCACUAUCUCAAACGGGGCCGACGCAUGCAAGCUGCUGCCAUGGAUGAGGCUCCAAAUCCUGACAUCCCCGAUCUCGUCGAGAACAGAAUCCCUGCCGGUUUCAUGGGGUCCCGGGCCUGGGCUUCGGACCAGGUGGCUGACUCCCUCGCGAUCGCGCGACAGCUGGCCAAGCCGUCACUGUUCCUCACCAUGACGACCAACCCUAACUGGCCCGAGAUUCAGUCCCAGUUGCUCCCACGCCAACAUUUCACAGACAUCCCUGCGGUGGUGUGCCGUGCAUUCCACGGACGACUCUGUGGGCUGAAGGCCUUUAUGAGGGAGAAAUUUGGAGGCCUCCUGUACGAGAUAUGCGUUACAGAGUUCCAGAAACGGGGUCUACCACACGCGCAUCUGGUCGUUAAGCUCCAACAUGAAUUACCUUUGAGCAAACUAGAUGGCUUCAUCUGCGCCGAGUUACCAGAUCCGGACGAGGUCCCUGCCCUACAUGCAGCGAUCGGCAGAUUCCACAUGCACUCACAGAACCACUUGGACCGGUCCACGUCACGCUGCAACCGAGACGGCCGCUGCAUUUACGAGUACCCUCAACCUAUUAAUAACCAGACUUACAUGGAUGAUCUUGGUCGUGCCCAUUACCGCCGACGCAAGCAGGAAGAUCGAUGGGUGACUCCUCAUGUACCCGCCCUAAUGCACCUGCUCGACUGCCAUAUCUAUGCGGACGUGUGCUCUACAGCGACGAUCUUCCUUUACCUGUUUAAGUACCUCUUCAAAGGACCCGAUCGGGCGCGCUUUGGUAUUCGGGCCCUCCACGAUGCCCGGGCAGACGGUGAGGGCGACCAAAUAGAUGAGUUCAGAGACUAUAUGAACGCCCGUUACCUCUCUUCGUCCGAGGCUGUCUACCGCAUCCUCAACUUCCAUACUGUCUCCAAACGUCCUGGCGUCCGCUGCCUCUCUGUCCAUCUGGAAGGCAAGAACUUAGGGAGGAUGCACGAUCGAAACCAACCGGGUUACUCCGAGAUGAGCGACCUGUUGUGGUACUUCAAACGCCCAUCCACAGAAACCUUCUCAGGCUUGAAGUAUACCGAGUUCUUCAGCCUUUACUACCUAGAGACGGUGCCCCUGGAUGUUCCACUACACCGAGGUCAGACCCUCAUUGCUACUGUCACCACCGAAAAGGGACCAUGCCAAAAGGUGUUGCGCCGUCGAGUCCGCCAGCCUAUUGUCACCCGACUUCAGACCGUCCCACUUCGUCUGAAGGAAACGUUUUACCUACGCGCACUGCUCCAGGUGCGGCCUGCGAACAGCUUCGAAGAUGUCCGCACUAUCCGGGGUCACUGCUAUCCCACAUACCAGGAGGCUGCCACUGAGUUAGGACUCUUCCAGGAUAACCACGAGGCCGUGUACGCGAUGAAUGAAGCGAUCACAGCCUACAGCGCCCCUGUGGAACUAUGGUCCCGCUUCCAGGGCGAUCUCAAUGCUGACUAUAGACUACGUCACCCUACAGCCCACGCCACAGACCUUGCCUUGCAGGACCUGGCACGCUAUUUCUCAGCACAGGGAUCGUCCUUGGCACAGUGUGGCCUACCGGAGCCCGUUCAACGUUGCGCGGAGGUGGAUUUGGAACUUGCCUUCUUCCAGACCCAAUAG